AUGCAGCGAUUACCGUCCUCCUUACAAGGUGCCAAGCGAGCCCGCCACCCUUUCCGAAGCGCAAGACAUUUCGCAACGCAGCCGGCCUCUUCUGCACACUCCGCCGUCAACUACGCGCACCAAGCCCGCAACCUCGAACGUCUGAAGCAAGGCUCGAAGCGUCCGCUCACACUGACCGAAAAACUGCUCUACAGCCACUUGAUCACGUCCGGCAAACGAGAAUGGGACCUUGAGAAGAUCCAGCGCGGACAAAGUAUUCUGGAGCUGCGCCCCGACCGCGUGGCGUGUCACGAUGCGACGGCGACCAUGGCGUUGCUGCAGUUCAUGAGUGCCGGGCUACCGCGCGUGGCGGUCCCCACUACUGUUCAUAGCGAUCAUUUGAUUAUUUCGGAAAAAGGCGCGGAGGAGGAUCUACUUCGCGCGCAGACUGAGCAUAGGGAGGUGUAUGAGUUCCUGAGCAGUGCGUCGCGGAAGUAUGGGAUUGGGUUCUGGAAGCCCGGUUCCGGGAUUAUACAUACUGUUAUCUUUGAGAAUAAUGCUGUGCCGGGUGGAUUGAUUAUCGGGACGGACUCGCACACCCCUAAUGCUGGUGGUCUGGGGAUGCUUGGGAUUGGAGUUGGAGGCGCAGAUGCGGUGGAUGCCAUGUCGGGCAUGCCGUGGGAGCUGGUGGCACCUAAGGUCGUCGGUAUGCGUCUGACGGGACAGCUCCAGGGUUGGACCUCCACCAAGGAUAUUAUCUGCAAGCUGGCCAGUCUGCUGAGUGUCUCUGGUGGUAAAGGGCGCGUCAUUGAGUUCUUCGGGCCUGGCACGCAGACGCUGGGAUCAACGGCUAUGGCGACCAUCUGUGACAUGUCCGCGGAGAUCGGUUCAACGUCGUGCAUCUUCCCGUAUUCCGAUGCGAUGGGCCGGUAUAUGAAGGCCACUGGGCGAGCGGACAACGUGGCGAAGAUCGACGCUGGAAACGCGAGGGAAGCAUUAUUGACAGCCGAUGAGGGCUCGGACAACUACUACGACCACAUCAUCGAGCUUGAUCUGACAACACUGGAGCCUCACGUCAACGGUCCAUAUACUCCCGACCUAGCGCAUCCAAUCUCCAAACUGAAGGAGGCGGUAGCUGGACAGGAUUGGCCGGUUGAGCUGAGCCACGCCAUGGUGGGCAGCUGCACCAACAGCUCCUACGAAGACCUGGACAAAGCACGUCAGAUUGUGUCGCAAGUCCGCGCGGCGGGCAUUACCAAAUUCAAGACACCUUUCAUGGUGUCGCCUGGAAGCGAAAGAAUCCGCGCGACUGCCGAAGCUGAUGGCAUUUUGCAAGACUUACGAGAUGCCGGAGCAGUGGUUCUCAGCAGCUCAUGCGGCCCUUGUGUCGGCUCAUGGGAUCGAAAGGACGUGGCCAAGAAGGAGAAGAACUCGGUAGUGUCCAGCUUCAACCGUAACUUCAUCGGUCGCCAUGACAGCAACCCAGCUACCCAUUCCUUCGUCACGUCUCCGGAGUUGGUCACUGCGUUUGCUUAUGGCGGUCGACUGGACUUCAAUCCGUUGACUGACAGUAUUGAGACGGAGAACGGCAGUGUUCGACUGAGUCCGUCCGUAGGUGAGGAACUUCCUGCUCGUUUCCUGAGUGGACAUGAUCUGUUCCAGCCGCCCUUGUCUGACGGUGAGGCUGAAUCUGUGGCUAUACGCAUUGCAGAGGGGAUGGCGUUGCUCAUCAAGGUGAAGGGAAAGUGCACGACAGACCAUAUUUCUCCCGCUGGGCCGUGGUACAAGUACCGAGGCCACUUGGAAAACAUCAGCAACAACAUGCUUACCACCGCGACCAAUGCGUUCCUUCCUCCCAAUGACCCGCAAUUGCUGGGCCAUACACGCCAUCCCAUCACAUCCGAGUUACUGGUUGUCCCGAAAGUAGCACGGGACCUCAAGCACAGUGCAGCCAGAUGGUGCAUCGUUGGAGAUCACAACUACGGCGAAGGUAGCUCGCGCGAGCACGCAGCGCUGGAGCCGCGGUAUCUGGGAGGUGUAGCAGUGAUCGCGCGCUCUUUUGCUCAAAUUCACGAGACCAACCUCAAGAAGCAGGGCAUGCUUUCACUCACCUUUGAUGACCCGGCUACUUACGAUCGCAUUGCCGAGGGCGAUCGGAUCACAUUAGUCGGCGUGGAAGAUGGUGAACUCCAACCUGGCUCGCAGGUAGUCAUGCAAGUAACGCCGCGGGAGGGUCAGGUAUGGGAGGCGAAGUUGAACCAUAGCUAUCAUGCUGGUCAGAUUGCUUGGCUACGGGCUGGUAGUGCUUUGAAUUAUAUCUAA